AUGCUCGCGACGUCAGGAUCACGCGGCUGGGCCUAUCAACAGGAGCUGCACAGGGAAAGUCUCGCGGACCCCUCUGGAUUCUGGAGGAAGCAAGCUGAGGCCAUCGACUGGUAUGAGAAGGGCGAGGACGUUCUAGUUCACGAUGAGGCCAAAUAUGGUCAGCCAGGAUAUUCGUGGUACCCCGGCUGGAAGAUGAACACCUGCUACAACGCUGUCGAUCGCCAUGUUCUCGCCGGUAAUGGUGAACGCACCGCUCUCAUCUAUGAUUCGUCCGUGACUGGAAACAAAAGCCGCGUGUCGUACGGGGAACUGCUGGAAAAAGUCUCAACCUUGGCGGCGGUGUUAAAGUCCCAGGGCAUCAAAGAGGGAGACACCAUAAUCAUCUACAUGCCGAUGGUCAUCGAAACGGUCGUCGCGAUGCUUGCCUGCGCACGGCUUGGAGCCGUUCAUUCCGUCGUUUUUGGCGGAUUCCCACCGAAAGAGUUGGCGAAACGCAUCAAGGACUGCAAACCUCGCCUAAUCUUGACCGCUACAUGCGGAAUCGAGCCAAAGAAUAGAAUCAUCCGAUACAAACCCAUCUUAGAUGCCGCCAUCGUCAUAGCCGGGCAUCAACCGCAAGCGAUGAUCAUCCUCCAGCGUCCCCAACAGCCAGAAUCACUGAAUCCCGACAAAGGAGAGUACGAUUGGUCUCAGGAGCUGCUGAAGCAACGAAAUGCAAAAGUGGAUCCCGUGCAGUUGUCCGCUUCCAGCCCUCUUUACCUUCUUUACACUUCGGGAUCCACGGGGGUCCCAAAGGGUGUCGUUCGGGACAACGGAGGCCACGCAGUUGCACUUCAUUGGACCAUGAAGUACAUCGUUGGACUUUGGCCAGGGGACGUUCUCUUUUCCGCGGUGGAUGUAGCCUGGGUGGCUGGCCACUCUUUCGCCGCGUAUGGGCCAUUGCUCGUUGGCGCAACGACCAUCAUUUAUGAGGGCAAGCCGACAGGGACUCCUGACGCAGGAGCAUUCUGGCGCGUGAUUCAAGAGUACAAGGCGGUAUCCUUGUUUACGGCACCGACUGCAAUCCGUGCAAUCAAACGAGAGGAUCCCGAAGGAAAGCUCAUCAAAAAGUAUAACCUUGGAACUUUGAGGAACAUAUUCCUUGUUGGAGAGCGAGCAGACCCAGAUACUGUCGACAUGUAUGCUCGCCUUCUGAACAUACCCGUGAGAGAGAACUGGUGGCAGACGGAGACAGGUUGGCCGAUGACGGUUGCAUGCGAAAUGCCCGAAAAAUCACUUUCCAGCGAAACCCGGUUGGGAUCCGCCGGACCACCUAUCCCCGGAUAUGACAUCCGUGUUCUCGUCCCAACCACGGGAGGCUCGGGACACACCGACGAAGACGACCAGCAUACAUCCAAAAAGCUGUUCAGAGAAGCUAAGCCGAACGAAUUGGGUACCCUCGUCGCGAAAUUACCGCUACCGCCGGGAACUUUUACGACACUGUGGAACAACCAUGCAGGAUAUGUAAAGUCGUAUUUCUCAACGUUUCCUGGAUACUUCGACACCGCAGACCACGGCUUGAUCGAGGAAGACGGAUACGUGUGUGUUAUGGGCCGCACGGACGACAUCAUCAAUACGGCCGGCCACAGAUUGUCCACCGGCGGCAUGGAGCAAAUUGUUUCGGCUCACAAGAGUGUCGCCGAGUGUGCAGUCAUAGGAGCCGCCGAUCAACUCAAGGGGGAGAUACCGCUUGCCUUCGUCGUCUUGAAGGUCGGAGAAGAGACAAAGCUUAAGCCAGGGCAGAUUGAAAACGACCUGAAACAAGCCAUCCGAGGCCAGAUGGGAGCCAUCGCCUGCUUCGACAAAACGUUCAUAGUCAAGAGGCUGCCGAAAACCAGGAGUGGAAAAGUCUUGCGGAGGACUUUGCGCGCGAUCGCCGACGGAAAGAAAUACGAUAUCCCCGCCACCAUCGAAAACGAGUCCGUUUUGGGAGAGAUCCAUGCGUUGUUCGCAGGCAAACAGCAGGACGUUGCUAAGGCGAGGCUCUGA